UCUCCGGUACUGCCUCCACCACGGUCCCGCCAUGACAUUCCCCACCCUCAUGUACCGGAGGACGUUACAUGUCGUAACAGAAACCGGAAACCACUAAACGAAUUUCCGGUGACGUCUCAUAACGAGGAUGACGAGGAGCCAUAGGCGAGAGCUAAUUGCGCAACGAUUUGACAUGUAAAGCUACCUUUAAGGCAGUGGUUCACAAAAUCUGGGGUGUGGAGCCACUGCAGGUGUGGUGUGGAUAACCAGUUGAAAAAUAAAUCAAUUUAAAGUGAGUAAAUCUUAUUAUUUUUAAUGUUAAUGAGUGAUAAAACUGGGAUGUUUGGCAUGAACUUUUCAACUUCCUGAAGUGGGACAGUGAGACCCAGUGCUUUAAGGCAACUGCUCCAUCUGUGGAAAUGUGGAGCAUCUGUGGAGCACUGCUCUGUGCUCUAGUGGCAGCAUCAAGCGUCACACCUGUGUAUGCCCUGGAGUUCUGCCAAAGUAUUGAUCCUAAGUGUCACAAUCCUGACGACACAGCAGCAAAGAGCCAAUCACACACUGUCCAGUCCAAGUGGACUUUAAAUGCUUCAAGCCUCAUACACGAUCUGGACCAGUUCAGAGUCUCCUGUAAGAAGCUAACAGAGGCACUCCCAGUUGACAAGGUUGAUGGCAACUUUGUUCGCACUGUGAAGAACUGCAUAUUUUCCAAGUCCAUCCCAACCCCGCUGAAAGGUCCUUUAAGGUUGGCAGCAGUCUCUAAGGAUGCCAUUGAGGGGAUCUUAGAUUUAGAUAUGUCUGUGACUCAGUCAGAUGACUUCCUGCAUUAUGUGAGUGGUGCCAGGCUACUGCCGGGGUCUGUGCCACUUGCUCACAGAUAUGGAGGCCAUCAGUUUGGAUACUGGGCAGGCCAGCUGGGUGACGGUCGAGCACAUUUCCUCGGUCAGUAUUCAAACAGAAAAGGAGAAGUUUGGGAACUGCAGCUUAAAGGAUCUGGAAAAACACCAUAUUCAAGGUCAGGCGAUGGCCGUGCUGUAAUCCGGUCUUCUGUCAGGGAGUUCCUGUGCAGUGAAGCAAUGCAUUUCCUGGGUGUUCCCACCAGCAGAGCUGCCAGUCUAAUUGUUAGUGAGGAGCCGGUGUUGAGAGAUCAGUUCUACAAUGGAAAUGUGAAAACAGAGAGAGGAGCCGUAGUUCUGCGACUGGCCAGGUCGUGGUUUCGGAUUGGAUCAUUAGAAGUUUUAUCUCAAAGUGGAGAAAUAGAUCUCCUGAGAAUUUUGCUGAACUUUGUGAUAGGUGAACAUUUUCCUUUUAUAACUCCACAUGACCCAGAAAAAUAUUUAGUGUUUUUUUCCACAGUUGUAAAUGAAACAGCACAUCUGAUUGCACAGUGGGCGUCGGUUGGCUUUGCCCACGGUGUGUGCAACACAGACAACUUCAGUCUUCUUUCUAUCACCAUCGACUACGGACCGUUUGGCUUUAUGGAGUCUUAUAACCCCAAUUUUGUCCCCAACACGUCUGAUGAUGAAGGCAGAUACAGCAUUGGAGCUCAGGCAAAUGUUGGCCUCUUCAAUCUAGAGAAACUCUUGGUGGCUCUGAGUCCCGUGCUCACAGAGACACAACAGAAACAGGCAAGAAUUAUUCUAAAAGGAUAUGGUAAUAUUUACCAAAUGAGGAUUCACCAGAUAUUUAAAGCAAAACUGGGACUUCUUGGUGACGAUGAGGACGAUAACUACCUCAUUACCGUCCUGCUCAGAAUGAUGGAGGACACAGAGUCUGACUUUACCAUGACCUUCAGGGAGCUCAGCGAAAUAUCAGCUAAGCGGUUUCUUAACAGGAACUUCACACAGAUGUGGGCUCUUGAUGACCUGUCACGGCAUGAGCGCUUUUCUGAUUGGCUUAGCAACUAUCUGCUCCGGCUCAGUAGACAGCAGGACGAUAGCGAUUUGGAUCGUCAACACAGGAUGAAAAAUGUUAAUCCAAGAUAUGUGCUGAGGAACUGGAUAGCAGAGUCUGCCAUAAGGAAAGCUGAGAAGAAUGAUUUUUCUGAGGUGGAGCUGCUGCACCACGUCCUGUCCUCACCCUUUGUUACACAAGAGACUGCAGAGGAGGCGGGCUAUGCAGCAAGACCUCCACAGUGGGCAAGAAGGUUAAAGGUCAGCUGUUCCUCAUGAGUGAUUUCUAAAUAAAGAAA